CUAACAUCUCCAUUUUUGUGGGACGCCAGACGCGGAAAAGAAAACAAGACGUCGCAAAAGUUGUGUGGAAAUUUUUCUAAUUUUCUGAAAGAAAUAAGCAUUUCUAGCUUUGGUUUUGUGCAUUUCCGAACAGUGAACAAUGAACGUAUCGAUUGAAAGGAAACGUUCGGAUUGUGCCGCUCUUCCCAAAGGUUGGCAGCGGGAGGAAGUACUGCGAAAAUCUGGUCUCUCUGCGGGAAAAGUGGAUGUUUAUUACUACAGUCCUACGGGGAAAAAAAUAGAAAGCAAACCGCAGUUGGCCCGUGCCCUCGGGGACACUAUUGAUUUGUCCACGUUCGACUAUCAGGCCGGUCGAGUCGUUCCCAGUGCAACCCAUAUGAUGUUGCAACAUAAUGCACUGAAGCGGAAACUGAGCGUCACAUCGAUAGGGGGCGGAGCAUCAUCGUCAUCCAGCAUUGGCAUUGUGGCUGGGCCAACUGGACCCAAUCUGCCUCCCCCUGUACCCAUCUACAACCAGCUUCCACCGACCGGUAGACCGCAUCAUUAUCAGCAUCAACAGCAGCAGCAGCAGCAGUCACCGCAGUACGAUUACAGUCGCGGCAUGCGAGCGGAUACUUCUCUCAUUCCACCGAUCCGGCAGACGGCUUCAAUUUUCAAGCAACCUGUAACCGUGGUACGAUCGCAAGAAGGUGACAGCAAGGUGAAACGUGAGCUGCAGCAUGGUUCGCAGGUUAAACCGAAGCAGCUUUUCUGGGAAAAGCGUUUAGAGAAUCUUCGCGCCAACAAUACGCACAACGAGGAAAUCGGCACGCUGGAACUGCCCAAACGGUUGAAAUCAGUGGGCCCGGGUGUGGACGAGGCCACGGUUCUGCAAUCGCUGGCCACCGCACUGCAUCACAACACGCACCCGGUGACAGGGCAAACGGCUUCCAAAACGUCCCUCAACACCAACGCCGGGGUUUUUCUCAAUCCCGAUCAGCCGUUGAUGCACGUGGCAACGGUAACCGAAGAUGACAUCAAGCGACAGGAGGAGCGCGUGCAGUUCGCCAGACUGAGGCUGCAGGAGGCACUGCGGACAUAGGUAAUGUUUAUAAUAAAUUAUUCUCUAGGAUUAAGAUAAUUUUCUAUCGGUGUGAGAUCAAUGAUUUAACAAUUUCGUCUUAUAUGAUAAUACUAGGCCGUGUGUAUUGGAAUUAUUCAUGAAACUGCAUAGCGUUAAUGCAGUAAUGACGCAUGCGAAAUGGUAGCGUUGCUCUCAUUUAAAUAUAAUGAUAAGAAAUUACUA